AUGGGCAGCCACCUCGACGUGGAGAUCAACCUCCGCCACCCGAAGGUGAAGGACCUGCUGGAGAAGGCCAUCACCGAGAUCAUCGAGCUCGACUCAAAGACGGUCCCUUACGAGAAGCUGGACUCGGUGGUGCGCUGCGCCAAGACCAUCUUCGCCAUGCUGCAGGUGGCCACCAGCGAGGCCAUCUCCGCCGACCACUUCCUCCCGGCGCUGGUCUUCGUGGUCAUCAAGGCCAAUCCGCCCCUGCUCCAGUCGAACAUCAAGUUCAUCACCCGCUUCAGCACGCCCUCGCGGCUGAUGAGCGGCGAGGCGGGCUACUACUUCACCAACCUGUGCUGCGCCACGCAGUUCAUCGAGAAGAUCACCGGCGAGUCGCUGAACAUGAGCGAGGCGGACUUUGAGCGGUACAUGAGCGGGGAGGCGCUGCCGCCCGGCCACUACCGCGCCACCUUCCUCUGCGAGGCCUUCCGCCUGCUGGCGAGUAAUCACGCCAUGCUGGCCGACGCCGUGGAGCGGGGCGCCCACUGGACGCGCAACAUCGACUCGCUGGAGGCGCGGAUGGACCGCUUCGAGGAGAGCUUCGAGCGGCGGUGCCGGGCGGCGAUCGACUCGAGCCGGGCGACGCUGGCCGCCACCGCCAGCUACCGCCUCUUCAACGAGGACUUUGACCCCUCCCUCCUGCCCGCCUACUUCAAGACCGUCUACGGGGAGCACCUCGACCGGGUGGUCGCGGUGGCCGAGGUGGAAGGGCAGAAAGAAAAGGUCAACACCGACAACUCCGAAGGAGUCACCGAGGACAUUCUCAUUGACCUCGGCGAGCCGACUGAGUAG